AUGUGGACAAUAAAUGACUUUUCCGCUUAUUCUAUGUUGUCUGGUUGGAGCACCGCUGGUAGAAAAGCAUGCCCGUACUGCAUGGAAAACACCGAUGCAUUCACACUGGAUAAAAGCGAUAAACAAUCGUGGUUUGAUUGCCAUCGCAAGUUUUUGCCUCCGAAUCACCAAUUUCGUCGAAAUGUUACUGAUUUUCGUAAGGGGAAACGAGAGAUCGGCAAAAGGUUUGCAGGGGUGAGAACUGGAGAUGAACUGUUAGCAGAGAUUGAUCGACUGGGGUUUAAGAAGGCAUUUGAGCCUGGUGCGAAAGUUACUAAUGCAUUACUGUCAAAAGAUCAUGGGUGGAAUAAAAAAAGGUUAGCUAAAGAUCCAGCAACUGGGAGAUUUCCAAAGGCAAUCUAUGCUUUGGAUAGGGAUUCAAAACGAGUUUUUCUUGAGUGGAUUCAGAAAAUAAAGUUUCCAGACGGGUACGCGUCAAACUUGUCUAGAUGUGUUGAUCUAAAGGGGCUGAAAAUGCAUGGAAUGAAAAGUCAUGACUGCCAUGUUUUUAUGCAACGACUUCUGCCAAUCGCCCUUCGGGAGUUAACUUCCACGUCACUGUCACAGGAAGAUCUAAACAGUAUGGAAACUGAGAUCCCAAAAAUCUUGUAUAAGUUGGAACGUAUAUUUCCACCCAGCCUUUUUGACUCUAUGGAGCAUCUCCCCGUGCAUCUUUCGUAUGAAGCUAUGAUGGAAGGACCGGUUCAGUAUUGCUGGAUGUAUCCAUUUGAAAGGAAAUGCUUACUAAUAUUAAUAUCCGGUUACAUAUAUUUGAAGAAAUUGAAAAAAAAGGUCACUAAUAAAGGCAGGGUGGAAGAGAGCAUUAGUAGUGGAUAUCUGAAAGAAGAAAUCGCUAAAUUUGCAUCCUAUUAUUUUGCUGAAGGUAAUCCGAUGAUAGCCGUGCGUUUGGGAAGAAAUGAAACUUGUGAUAUGGAUAUCGAUGACGAUGUUGACAAACUGGGAAUUUUUAAACCUAAGGGAAAGCCGUUGCGUGGUAGCGGUCAGAGAUAUCUUGAAGACAAUGAGAUCAUCGCUGCUCGGACCUAUGUUCUUCUAAAUUGUUCCGAAAUCGAAGAUCAUCGAAAGGUUUUUGUGGCCGGGUUCCGCGAAAGAAACAGUGACAUAAGUGAAACAGAAAUUGAAAGAGUGCUGGAAAGUGAAAGAUCCAACUUUUGUACUAAUCCGUUUAUUCUGAGUCUCGCAAAGGGACUGUGUAGAAAGGUCACCAUAUAUAAGGGAUACUACGUAAACGGCUUCAAAUUUAUUACUCAGGAAUAUGGGCAGGAUCAACUUACAAUGAAUAGCGGUGUCUGCGUAAGGGGAACAGAAUAUGUUGAGGGUGAAAAUGACUUUUAUGGAGUGUUAACAGACAUAACUGAGUUAGAGUAUCCAGCUCUACCAAUGAAGCAGACCGUCAUUUUUAAAUGCGAAUGGUUCGACCCUACGGAUACAGGCAUAGACACUAGCAAUCGAUACAACUUGGUAGAUGUUAAUCACAGACGCAGGUACAAUAAAUACGAACCGUUCAUCUUAGCAGAACAGGCUGACCAAGUUCAUUACCUUCCAUAUCCAAGCAGAAGACGGGACAAAGUAAAUUGGUGGGCAGUUUGCAAAAUUAAGGCACGAUCAGAACUUGACAUGCCCGUUGUGAUUGUCCCGGCCUUUCAAGAGGACAUUAAAGAAAAUCCCCUUAUAGUUGAAACAGACGACAAUCCCACAAAUUUAGCUGACCUGAAUGAGGUGGCCAACGAAGAUGCUUUUUGUUAG